AUGUCUGAAAUAGAUCUUCUUUUGAAAUCUGUUAUGUCCUCAGCAGAAUCUACACGUUAUGCUGUGGACGAACUUACUGCCCAUAUUAAAGAGAAUCGAGAUAAUUUACCAGAUUUCAUCAAUAAACUAUUACAAAAACUGAAUCAAAAGGAACCGGAAGGUAUAUCAUUGCUUUCACUCAAGAACGAUGCACUUGCCUCAUACAUCAACAACUUAUCUCUUGUUGUGCUUAGUCAACUAGAUAGACUAGAAGGGGGUAAUUCUACUCAUGGUCUAGAUCAUAAUAACAAUAGUGGUGAUGUUGAUUAUAGAACUGAAGUUUCAAAGCAGCGCGAUGAAGCUAUUGCAAGAACGAUUGUACAGCGUGUGACGCUUGAGAAGGGUGUCAAGCCACUUGAACGGAAGAUUAACUAUCAAAUGGAGAAUCUCGUGAAAGCAUAUAACAAGACGGAAGCUCAACAGAAGGAGCAAGAAAGGAAAGACGAGAAAGAAGGCGAGGAGGGUAGUAGUAGUAGUAUUAGUAGUGGUGGUGGUGGUGAUCGCAAUGCAAGCAACAAACUGGUUGCUUCUAGCUCUGAUGAUGAUGAUGAUGAGGAGGACGACGACGACGACGACGACGACGACGAGUUGGCAUAUAGACCAGAUGCGACUGCAUUGGCCAAACUUGCACCGAAAGCAACCAAAUCGAAGUCUUCUGCCUCUGCUUUUGCUUCUGCUUCAUCAUCAUCAUCAACUGAAAAGUAUAAACCUCCCAAGAUAUCUGCAGUUGCGCCACCUUCUUCCAUUAGGGAGCCUACGGCUAAACCCGACAAGACCAAGAGAUUGCAAAGUAUGGAAGAGUACUUGCAAGAGCAAAGUGAUUUGCCUAUUGCUGAGGCAAACAUUGGCUCCACUAUUGUUGGACAUGGUCGUGGAGGUGUUAAAACCCAACAUGAUCGUAGAAAAGAGAAAGAAAUACAAGCAUACGAAGAGUCGAAUUUCACCAGAUUACCCGCUACGCAGACAAAGAAGAGCUUUAGGGAGAAGCAAAGGGAUAUGGCUAAUCAAUUUGCCGGUGAGGAUUGGAGCAUAUUUGAAAACAGGGAUAGAAAUAUGAGUGAGGGCACGUCGAGAAAAAAGAGACCAGCCUCGUCCUGGGAUAGAGCUAAAAAAAGGCGUUCAAAGUAG